AGAUGGUUUGGCUCAGCAUAUAGCCUGUAUAUAUUUCUUUGCACUACAUGUGGAGUUGUCGUUUUAGGCCUCUGCAAUGAGUGCUUUUGAAGAGUUGGGCAUUUGUCCAGAAAUUAUUCAAGCAGUCGAAGAGGAUGAUUGGCUGCUCCCAACACCAGUUCAGCAGGAGGCGGUUCCUUUGAUUCUUGGUGGAGGUGAUGUACUCGUUGCCGCUGAGACUGGAAGUGGCAAGACGGGUGCCUUCGGUCUUCCUUGCUUGCAGAUUGUACACGAAACUUUGCGUGGCAAGUGCAGUACCAGGAAGGCCAAUGCUUCUAAUCUGAAGUGCGAGCUCAAUCUCAACGACAAGGACAUGUUUGUGCUCGUCACGGAGGACGGCAUGGAGUGCAAAAGCGAAGAUGACAAACGCUGGAACGGGAUUCGAGCUACCCUUGACAUCAUGAAGGGCAAGUACAUGUUCGAAGUGGAGGUUGUUGAGGGAAUGGUUCGAGUAGGUUGGAGUGCGGGCUUUGCGAAGCUCGAACUGGGGAUCGAUGACAAGAGCUUUGGGUACGGCUCAACUGGAAAAAAGAGCUGGAACCGGAAGUUUGAGGACUACGGGGAGCCUUUCGAGGAGGGUGAUAUCAUCGGCUGCAUGCUAGAUCGAGAGAAGCAGACCAUCUCCUUCUCCAAGAACGGCAGGGACCUGGGCGUGGCCUACAAGUUGUCACCAGACAUGCAGGGCAUUGGCUUGAAGCCGCACAUUUGUGGCAAGGGCUUCAUGGCUGCAGCCAAGUUCGAUGGUCCGAUGGAGUACCCGGUGGAGGGCUACGUUCCUGUAGGUGAGAUCGACCCAACACAUACGCCACAGGGCACAUCUCAAGCCAAGGGUAAGCGGCCACCCUUGUGCAUGAUCCUAGAGCCAACCAGGGAUUUGGCCGAACAGACCUACAAAUGCAUGACCACCUUCAACAAGUAUUUGGACAACCCCACCGUUCGCAUCACACUCUUUGUAGGAGGAAUUGAUGAGAAGGAGCAAUUCCGAGCAUUGGAAGAAGGUGUGGACAUUGUGGUUGGAACCUUGCAGAAGUUGAUGGACUAUGUCCGACGUGGAAAGUUGGACGUAACUCAUCUGAAGUUCCUGGUCCUUGAUGAAGCAGAUGACUUGCAAAAGAAGGAUGACCGCAAGGAAAUCCCUCGGCUGAAUGCACAGAUCAAGCGAGGCCGAAGGGAUCGAGUCCAGACCCUGUUCUUCAGCGCCACCCUCCACACUCCUGAGGUAAAGCAGAUGAUAGAGGAUAUCACUGACAGACCUAUUUGGGUGGACCUGAAGGGCAAGGAUUCUGUGCCUGAGACAGUGCACCACGUUGCAUUGUACAUUGAUCCGUAUCAAGACCUCCAAUGGUCCGAUCAAGAAAUCGCCGUGCGGGCCAAAAUGCCGAAGGAACAGCCUGAGCUGGAUGGAGUGCACAGCAAGCAGUCCAUGUCUGCCAUAGACAGUAGACAUCCAGAAGCCUUGAAGCUAUCCGAAAAGAUCAAGAUCAUGAAGCCUAAGAUGGCAUGGAAACCCAGAGAUGUCAAGUGUCUGCUCCUUUGUUUUGCCACAGCAGGAAGACAAAGGCAGGUGCAAGAUAGUGCAAGAAGAUGUAUUUAUUAUCUAAAUAUGAUUGAAGCGAACCGAAGGAAAGCAAUUUGA